AUGACGCGGGGUAACCAGCGCGACAACGAUCGGGCCAAGGCCCAGAAGAAGGCCUCUGCUUCCGUUCGUCUCCCCAUGCGCCAGCGCCAGCGUAAGGGCAAGAAUACCCAGACUGGCAGCCAGUUCCAGAAGUCCAAGGAAGAUGCUGCUGCCAUCAUGCGCGAGAAGCAGAAGAAGGCGGACGAGAAGAGGACUGCAGAGGCAGCAGGAGGGAAAAAAUAA